AUGGCCCCUUGGCCCUUCAAUUCCUCCUCACCGCCGCCGCCACCGCCGCCACCACCGCCCUCCAAGGAAGAGCCUCCAAAACCUGUCUCCCUCUCUGACUACCUCCCCGACGACGAACGCCUCCGGAUCCUUGUCCCCACCGUCCUCUCGACCGUCGGCAUCCUCAGCCUCAUCCCUAUCCGCCUCGCUGGAAUCGACGCCCCCGAAGGCGCCCACUUCGGCCGCCCUGCCCAACCCUUCGCCGACGCAGCCCUCUCCUGGCUAACCUCCUCCAUCCUCCACCGCCGCGUCCGUGCCCACAUACACAAGCGUGACCAGUAUGACCGCGUAGUAGCCACGGUGUACGUCCGCCGCGGCGGUAUAUUCUCUUUCCUCUUCCCCUUCUUCCUACAUCGCGACGUGGGGUUGGAGAUGCUCAAGCGGGGGCUCGCCACGACGUACGAAGCCAAGUCAGGUGUUGAGUUCGGAGGGAGGGAGAAGGCGUAUAAGGCGGCGGAGGCGAAGGCGAAGGCGAAGAAGGUGGGGAUGUGGAGCAUGAAGGCGAGCGAGUUUGAAAGCCCGAGGGCUUACAAGGCGAGAAUACGGGAUGGGGAGGCGAGCGGAACUGGUUCGUAG